AUGAGAGACUUCCAUGACAGGACUGCAUAUGAGCAGACCAAAACCCCAGCCCCUGCCCGGGUAAUAUUCCAGGAAUUUCUCAAAGUUCUCGGCCGCACAGAAGCCGAACAGCCCCUGAUUUGGUACUCAAGAAGUGUGCAUAUGCGCUCAGUUCUGGCGGUACCAGCAUUAUCUCCUUCCCCUGUGGGACUGGGGGGUGACCAAAAUACCACGGAAGAGGAAGAGGGAGAGGGAGAGAACAAGGGCGAAGUGGAAAGCGGAGAGGUAAUAAUGCUCGAUGACAGGCUGCUCGAGAAGAUCUCCAAGAUGCCGCCAACCGCCGGGUACGCCGGGGACCGGGACCUGGUCGACGUCUCCGUGUACCUGUGGGACGACGAGUACACCAAGGAGGACCGGAACGCGCUGGGGCUUCUGCAGGGCGCGAUGAGAGCAGCACACCUGCCGCCUCUCGAGGUGGUGGACUGCCGGGAGGUGCCGAGCGUGUGGGAGAUCGUGGACGAGCAUACCAGCAGCAGUCGUGUCCUAGCCGGCGGUAGCGGCAAUGUGUCGCCCUCGCCCUCGCCCUCGCCCUCGGGCAGCUACGAGGAGUUCAAACUGGAUCGGCGAAGAGCACCGCAUACGGUCGGGUCGGCGCACCUAUAUAUUCGCAGGGACAUCGUCGAGGCAGCAGAACGGGAGAGCAUCGUUCCGCCAUACCCCGUCACGUUCCCGCAUGACUAUCCGUACAAGCAUGACAACUGGUAUUUAGAUGGCCUACAAAGACACGGCUCCGGGAGGGUUGUGAAGAGAAGCGAGACGGAUGGCUGA